ACGGACCGGCCGAUAUCUCGUCUCAUCAUCAUGUCGAGGAAUACCAAGUACCAGGCCGUGAAGCUUGAGAGCACGCGCGACAAGGAUGCCAAAUCGCCGCUGGAGACGGAGAACUUCUUCUCCCGAUGGCUAUACCUGUGGGCGGACCCAUUGAUGAAGUUGGGGAACGAGCGUCAGCUGCAGGCGUCGGAUCUGUGGCCGCUGCCGUCGGACAGCAAGUGCGAGGUGAUCACCGAAUCGUUUGAACCCAAGUUCAACAAGAGUCAGUCGAUCUUCCGUGCUACUGUGUCUGAAUUCGGCGCGCAGGCGUUGGUCGUGGGUGUGUUGCAGUUUGUCGCGAUGGUGUUGUCGUUGUACGGUCCGAUUGUGUUGAACAAGGUCGUGUCGUCGAUCGAGUUGUCGACACCCGACUUUCAAACGCUCGCGGCGCCCGUGGUGUCGUUGUUCGUGGUGAAAAUCAUCCAAGCGAUUCUGCAGACCCAAACGGACCUGAAGAACGAACUGUUGUUUGUCAAGGUCAUGGCGGUGCUCCAGAACUUGCUUUACAAGAAGGCGCUGCGUCUCAACGCCAAGAGCCGCAAAGCCAAGAGCACGGGCGAAGUGUCCAACUUGUUCACGUCCGACAUGUGGCCGAUCGUGGCCGUGUCGUUCUUUAUCAACCAAGUGUGGAUCAUCCCGCUCCAAGUUACGGCGCUCAUGUACCUUCUGUGGCAGCAACUGGACUGGGCCAUGUUUUCCGGCAUCGGCGUCAUGAUUGUCGCGUUCUUCCUCACGCGGUGGUUUGCCACCAUGCAGCGCACCAACUGGCGCGUGCUCAUGGCCAAGAAGGAUACGCGCAUGAAGACCAUCAACGAAGUGUUUGGGUCCAUGCAGAUCAUCAAGUUGAACGCAUGGGAAGAGCGCUACUACGCCAAGAUCAGCGACUUGCGCGCCGACGAACUGCGGUCGCUAUGGACGCAAUUCUGCAUCGGCGCCGGUACCACGGCCAUGAACAACAUUGCACCCGUGGCGCUCACGACCAUUUCAUUUGCAUGCUACGUGCUCGUGCUCAAGCAACCGUUGACCGCGUCCAAGGUCUUUACCGCGCUGUCCUUGUUCAAUAUGGUCAAGCAGCCCAUGAUGCGGCUGCCCCAGAUCGUCGCUGCGUUCAUGCAAGCCGCGGUCUCGUACAAACGAUUUGCCGAGUUUUUGGCGUUGGCCGAGCGCGACCCAUCGGUUGUCUCGUCGCAUGUUGUGUCGGGUAACGACAUUGCCGUUGAAGUGAUCGACGGGUCGUUUGGGUGGGACGAAUCAAACCCGUUCUUCACCAACUUGAACUUGACCAUCCGGCGCGGCGAGUUUGCAGUUGUCCACGGCAGUGUUGGCGAAGGCAAGACGUCACUGUGCAAUGUUCUGCUUGGCGAGCUCGACAAGUACGCGGGAUCUGUGGGCGUCCGCGGCCGCGUGGCGUACUUUGGCCAGCAGCCAUGGAUUCAAAACAUGUCGAUUCGAGAAAACAUUCUGUUUGGGCUGCCAUACGAUCGCGUGAAAUACUCGCGGGUGCUCGAAGCAUGCGCAUUGGCGACAGACUUGACGCUAUUUGCCGCGGGUGACCGCACAGAGAUCGGGUCCAAGGGCGUGAACGUGUCUGGCGGCCAAAAGGCGCGCAUCAGCCUCGCGCGCGCUUGUUAUAGCGACGCCGACAUCUACGUGUUGGACUCGCCCUUGUCAGCCGUGGACGCGAUCGUUCAAAACGAGAUUUUCACCAAGUGUUUUCUCGGCCUCCUCCGCAACAAGACCCUCGUUCUGGUCACCCACUCGCCUGAAAUCAUUGCGUCGCCAUAUAUUGAUCGAACGAUUGAAGUCGGCAAUGGCGGGAAGACCCUCACGGUGACCAUGAACCCCAAUAAAAAAGAUUGCGAUGCGUUGGUGCCACCGUACCCCACACGCUCGUACAGUGUCGCAGACGAUGAUGAUAGUUCGAUGGACAUACUCGACAACAUUGGCACGGGCGGUGCAAACUCGACGCUGCAGUACAUGGACAUGCUCGUGUCGCCGUCGCUCAAGUCGCCGUUUGGCGCGACCGUGGAAGACCAUUUGUUUACACCGAUGGAUGCGCAGGCGCCGCUGCCGCCCACGUACAACGAAGAGGAUGGUACUGGUAGCCGCGGCCAGCUCGUCGUGGCCGAAGAACGCGAGUCGGGACGGGUGUCUCAGAAAGUGUUUUUAGCGUACUUUGAUGCCGUGGGCGGGUGGACGACGGUCGUGGCGCUGCUGGCCGUGCAAAGUUUAUGGCAAGGACUUCAAGUGUCGAGCGAUUUGUGGCUGAGCGCAUGGACGGCCACGGGCGCGACGGUCACACCAGCUGAGUUUCAAGACGGGGCCGAGUUUCACAUUUCCGUGUACGCGGCGCUGGCGAUCGGGUCGUCCAUCAUGGUCGUCGUGCGCGUGCUCACCGUGUCCGUAGCCGGCAUCCGCGCAUCCCAAACCAUGUUUGACGACAUGACCAAGGCCUUGCUGGGCGCGCCCAUGGUGUUCUUCGACACGAAUCCCCUCGGGCGCAUCCUGAAUCGGUUCUCAGGCGACAUUAACGCCGUGGAUGGCCGACUGCCCAACCAGUUUGGGUUUUUCCUCUCAACGGUGUUUGUGCUGCUGUUUUCAUUGGGCACAACCGUCGCUGUGAUCCGGUCCCUGGGGGUGAUCCUCCUUCCGCUCAUGUACAUUUACUACAAAGUCGCGUCGAUCUUUGUCCAACCGGCGCGGGAAAUUGAACGACUCAACAAAACCACGCGGUCGCCGUUGAUUACCCACAUUUCCGAAAGCAUCGACGGCGCCGUGGUCGUCCGCGCGUUUGGCGGCAAGCACGUUCGUCGAUUUGAACGGCUCCAACAGACCAAAGUGAACCGGAAUAUGGAGACCAUGUUCUGUGGCGAGCUCGCGUCGCAGUGGUUUUCGUUUCGCAUUCAAAUGAUCUCGGCGUUGAUGCUGCUGGUCACGACCAUGUCGCUGAUUUACAUGCGCGCGUACUUGAACGCUGGCCUUGUGGGGCUCGUGUUUGGCUACGCGCUGCAAAUCACCGGCCAGCUCGAGUGGAUGGUCCAGAUGUGGUCGCAGCUCGAGACGGCGAUGGUCGCGCCUGAACGCGUCGCAGAGUACACCAACGUCGCGCAGGAGGCGCCGCGGGUGAUUUCCGGCGCCGUGCCCGCGUCGUGGCCCGCCCAUGGAUCGAUCGAGUUCCAACACGUGAGCUUCCGAUACAAGCCUCACGACCCACUCGUGCUCAAAGACGUGAGUUUUCACAUCGAGUCGGGGGAAAAGGUGGGUAUCGUCGGGCGGACAGGUGCCGGCAAGUCGAGUUUGACCAUGGCGCUGUUCCGGAUCAACGAAGUGGCGUCCGGCCGCGUGGUCAUUGGCGGCGUCGACACUGCCACCGUCGGCAUCAAGACCCUCCGCGAAACCAUGGCCAUCAUUCCGCAAAAUCCCAUCUUGUUCAAGGGAACCCUCCGCGCGUACUUGGACCCGUUCGAGUCGUCUUCCGACGCCCAGCUGUGGGACGCCCUCGACAAGGUCCAGCUCACGCCGCGCGUGUCCCUCGAACAGGGCAAACUCGAGGCAGUGAUUGAAGAAAACGGAGAAAACUUUAGCGUCGGCGAGCGGCAGAUGCUGUGCAUGGCCCGCGCACUGCUGCGCAACUGCCGCAUCGUGGUCAUGGACGAAGCCACCGCCGCUAUCGACCACGAGACGGACCAAACCCUCCAGCGAGUGAUCCGCCAAGCGUUUGCCUCGUCCACCGUGCUCACGAUCGCCCAUCGACUCGAUACCGUCCUCGAUGCCGAUCGCAUCAUGGUGUUGGACCAAGGACGACUCGCGCAAUGCGAUGCGCCAGAGAACCUCAUACGUGCUGGCGCCGGUAUCUUCUUUGAACUGUGCAGCGAAGGCGGGUACCUGGAUAAGGUCCAUGCGUCGGUGGCGGCGACUGCCACCACGAGUCAAGAAAGCCACGAUGACAACCAAGACUAGGUAGAGGAUAAUCGACAUAAAUAUAUAAAUAUAAAUUGAUA